AUUCUAUUCAUAAUGGUACUUAUAUUAGGGCUCAUAUCAGCACCCAUGAUGUAACCACCUAGAGCCUGCAUGGGUAUCAUGGUGACAUGUAGGUAACUUUAAACCACUCGACAAAUGGCUAAGCUUCAAGACGGUACCUGGGGGACGUCUAUCCGAUCGUAUACGCUCACCACCUUAUCCACUACGCCACCACCUCAUGGUUAGGGAAUACACACUAUUAGUGAUGAAUUCACCGAUUUUCCACCAUUGACACGCCUGAUAAGUGUCACGGUGCAGGACAGAAAUGGUUUUGUUUUUUAUGGGUGAGGGGUAGGUAACUAAUGAUAAAACUUGUAUUUGUACAUAUAGUACUCUCAAGUCCACCAAGGAUCUCACAUUCUGUUACGGAAGUCAUGGAAUUACGAGCUUACGACCAGUAUAACGCCAAGAAGCCGAUGCAUGGUAUAUCUAUACAGCGUGACCAGCAAUUAGUGCUCGAGCUUGGCUGUGACCUAUAUAGUACGUAGCUAUGGGUCUACGAGGCACUUUUCCGGCAGUGACCGUACUCAAAGUUCCGUUACCACAUAACUUAUACUGUGCUCGCAUUGUGGUCAUGAACAGUUAGGCAGACUUGCAACUGUGACUAGGGAAAAAUAUGUAGGUGAGCUUGUCUGGAGGAAGUCGCCACUGCUCUCCAUCAGUCACAGUGAGUCUUACCGUGGAGCGGCGCGCAUCAUGCAGCUGGCAGUGUGUGGCGUAGUUGUAAUGGUGGGGGCACUGCGCCUGACACUGUUCCUGGCACUUCCUAGCCGCGGUGCAUGUAGGCCUUACCUUCACGCCCCUCGUGCUUGGUCUGAUGCCCCUAAUACUCAGGACGUAUUUGACGCGGGUUUCUCUUCACACACUACACACAAUGCUCCAACAUUCCCUAUAAAUAUGAAAUUCCGGUAAUAUCAAAGAGAAAAUUAAAAGCGGACAUGAAUUAUCCUUGCGGUGUUAACCUCUCCAGCUUACAGCCACGUCGUGACCUGUACCAGUGGAAUGAUGUGACAGUGACACCCGUGCCUCUACUCCCUGGACAGCAGAGGCUGAUGGUGCGGGAGCAGGAGUGGCCUCGCCCUCUCACCGACGCGAGGAUCAAGUUCCUGGAGGUGCUGGCAGUCGUCGCCGUCAAAAUAAUCAUGUCCACAGCGCUGGCUUCGUGGUUCCUGGUGGCUGGGCAGAUACUCUUCGCCAUAGCGGACAUUACGGGCAGCAGCGAAGUUCUGGGUAACAGAUCUCCCCUAACCUUCAUCUUUCAGGCGCUGCCCUUAGUUGAAGUACUCUUGAAAGGCAGCGCUGCUUUCGACUAGUAUGAGCAUUUUGUAAGUUUCUAAAUACAGACAUAUAAACAUUCUCAAUUCAUGAUCGUGAAACAUGUGGGAUUAGUCUGUUGUUCUACGGGGCAAGUAGUCUCGCAUACUUUGAUGCCAAUCGCUGCCCAUUUCUGUCACCUUCCAGCAUAUUCUGUGAUGUAAUCUUUUCUCGUCCCGGCCUUUUGAAUUGGUCCCAUCACCUUCAACAACUAACAGGUUGUGUCAAGUUUAUAAUUUUUGUAUGGAAUAUUUCGCACAUAAUUGAUUCCUCGUGUAUCAACACUUUCCAAGUUUUUUUUUCUCUCUCUCUCUCUCUCUCUCUCUCUCUCUCUCUCUUGUUUGUAAGCCUCGGGAAGUAGACUCAUGUGGUGCCUUAUCAUCCUAACAUUACAGUUCAUAAGUGGAAACUAAAUAUUUGUGACAUCUCCAUUUUCAUUCCUAAUAAAUCUCACAUUAAUGAAAAGACACUUCAGCAUCUUACAACACUCAUGUAUAUACGUUUGUCAAUGUACCUAGUGAUGGUUGUCUCCCCUUUAGCACUGCUACAUGUAAAGCAAUCAUGCAUUUGGUGGUUGUAAAUCUUACACUUUCUAAUCAGGAAGCACCAGCACUGUCACUUUCUUUCAAAGGUGUCCCUAUGUACUACUGUGUCUACAAAUAUGAGCUGUGCUAUCCAUUUAUUAGUUUAUUUAUGCUUGAAAUGGACAUGUCAACUUGUACUGGACAGUGGACAAGGCCUCCCCCUCCCACCAAGACACAGCAGCAGUGGCCGGUGGGUGGGGUGGAGCUACCGAGCGCACAACAACACGUACUGAGGGAUGAUGCAAUAUUUAUUUAACAAUU